AUGACUACUGUGAUCAUAUAUUUGGUGUAUGAUGGGAAGGAGGAAGCUGUGGAGUUCUUCAGUGAUGACACUGUUGAAGACGUGAGAAACUUGUUAAGAACUGCUGCACUAGCUGAGCCAGAGGAUGAGCUGAAACUCUACAGCGAGAAGGGACAUCUGAUCUUCAUUUCUCCAAAAAUGAAACCCAAUGACCCAACAACACGCUACGUACUCAAGGUCAUACCUAAAACAAUACCGAUGCUUGCACGUGUGGGUUUAAACAUUAUUAACUAUGUCACACACGUUUCCCCUAGUAGGAUCCAGAGGCCCACUGACAGAAGAAAAAUACUGUUGACGCAACUGGAAAAGACAAUAACAGAAUGUGAAAUGCCAGAGACAUUGGUUAACCUGCAACAGAAAUACAAGCGUAUAAUUGUUGCUGUCAAU